AUGGCUCGAGCUCAUCGACCUACUCCCCUGCUUCUGCUGUUCAUUGUCCUCCUCGCGUGCGGCAGCGCCACGGUCAACGCUGCGGACGUGAGCGGAACGGUCUGGUGGGACAUUGAUCGCAAUGGCGACGUCACCAACGAACUUUUCGGCACCGGCGUUACCAAUGACGCGUUCUUCCUGUUCGCCGACACCGACGCCAACGGCGUGCACGACGUGGCCUACGAGGAGUGGACCGAGACGGCGCCCGACGGCACCUACACCAUCCGUGGCGUGACGGCCACCAAGAAAGAAAAGCGAGGACGGAGGAGGAGGAGGGAGGGGGAGGGAGGGGGAGGUCUGACCAUUCCGUCUCCCGCGUCCGUACGCAUCACGCUCCUCCCGCCCGUCACGUGCACGGUCACGUAUCCCGCCACCAACUACCACGCCAUCACCAUCGCGGGCAACGUCAACAACAUCGACUUUGGCUUCACCUACGAUAUCACCGUGAGCGGGUACGUGUGGGACGACAACGGCUACGACGGCAUCAACAACCCCGCCUACGAGAAUCCGAUCCCCGGGUGGACCAUCUACAACGACGCCAACCUGAACGGUGCCUUGGACACCGGUGAAGACUCGGGGAUCACCGACAGCAACGGCGAAUACUCCUUCACGACCCCCGCUGGCAUCGUGUCCAUCACGAGCCAGCAGAAUGGUCUCAAGUUCAUCACCUACCCGCCCACGCCCCUCCGCAUCUAUGACUCAGUCACACGCUCCUCCGAUUGGUCGGGGCUCGACUUCGGUCAGGCUGACAUCACCGUCACCAUCUACGGCUACGUCUAUGCCGACUACGCCGGCGAUGGACUCUGGAACGACGUGAUCCUGCCGGACGAACCGAUCACCGGCGUGACGGUGUGGGACGACGCCAACUUCAACCGCCAAUUGGAUACGGGCGAGGCCUUUGGCCUAACCGACAGCACCGGCAACUUCAGCAUGCUCCUGCCCACGCACAGCCUCAACUUCACCGCUCUCGUCUUCCAGCUGCCGUACUCGGAGCGCUUGGUGGUGCCCACGCCUGGACCGAGUCCGCUGACACCGGACUACGUACCCAUCUUGCCCAACGCCAACGCCGCCCACACCUUCACGGCGCCCCUCUACCCCCUCCCGCUCGUGUUCUCCCUCAGGCCCUACACGAUUCUCAACGUGACGUCGGGCCACCAGCUCAUCCGGGACAACUACAACGGGGUGAUCGACGCCGGCGACACCAUCCUCUUCACCUACAACAUCACCAACAUCCGCUUCCUCUUCGCCCUCAACAUCUACAUCACCCUGGUGCCGGACAACAGUCUCCUCCGCGUACUCCGAAGCACCGUCCAGCUGAGCACGGGCGUGCUGACGGUGAAUUACGAUUACCCGAGCGACGAGACCAAGAUCCUGGCCUACAUCACCCGGCUCGAGCCCAACGAGACCAUCACCAUCACAUUCGAGGCCCAGGUGCGCGUAUUCGCGUACGAGUACUCUCGCCUCAUCUCCGGAUGGCUCAACAUCACUGGUCAGCUCUUCGACGACGUGCACUACCGGUUCCCCAACGUGCUCAAUUCGGACCUAUGCCUCACCACCUACACUGCGUUCCCUUACGCCCGCCGCCAAGCUGACGACGCUACUGCUCCUGGUGGUGGCGGCGGCGAUGGCGAUGAGGAGGCCGAGCUGUACGACCAGAACCUGGUGGAGAGGAUUCCCGGCAGCACCAGCCAGUACCCGACCAGCGGACGCGAACUGCUGCGGUUGUUGGAGACCCUUCGGCUGGACCAGACCAAGAACAGCAAACGCCUUAGCGCCGUCCUGCGCAGGUGGUCCUGCCUGACCUUCAACACCACCGACGACGCGGCUGACGAGUUCAAGCUGGUCCUCGACCGCCUGUUCUACUUUGGGCAACUGCCCGCGCCGGGCUUCAGCUGCCCGCAGCCCUCCACCCUCGUAGCCCAACCCUACGUGCAACUCUUUGGCCCCAGCACCCAAACGGGCUACCAGGCCAAGGCCGCUGCUGCCCUCCGGGAGGGUAACUUCAACAUGUCCGGCUACGCCAUCCACUACAUGGACACGUACAUGGACUUCUACCUCCUCUUCAUUCACCUCGAGGACAUCGACUCGCACUACUGCCCCUACGUGGCACCCACUGGCGGUCCCUGA